ACAAGGAACUGAUCCUCUCCACUGCAAGGACAGCCAGUCACCCAGAAAGUAUCCAGAAGGAUCUGAUACACAGCCAGCUUAGAGGAAUCAGCCAUUCUUAAAAGAUUUAAAGCUUCUUCUAGUCUGACACAGAUGAAUAAGCAAAUGCAACCCACAAUUUAACAUUCUAGAUAUCUAAAAAGAAAAUCAAUUUCUAUUUUUCUUGGAAAAAAUUAUACGUUGGAACCAGAAGCACCUUUGGAGGAAAUUCGUGAAGAAUAAUCAGUGAAUCACAUGGACCUUUUAACUAAAGUGUACUUUAGCGAAGAGGGAAUUGUUACCCAAUACUGAAACUUAAAGGAGUCCAAUGCACCUGCACAGUCCUUCUCUGAUGGCUGAUGGAAGCUUCUCUCUCUCUGGACACUUGGUCAGGAGUCCAGGAGGAAACACUUCCAGACUCCACAGCAUAGAGGCCAUCUUGGGAUUUUCUAAAGAAGACAGUGUCCUGAGCUCCUUCCAGACAGAUGACAGUCUCAGGAAUGGCAAGGAAGCCGAGAAGAGAAACUCCAGACCUUGCCAUCACAAAAUGGGAGAGGACCUACAACCACAGCAGAAUGAUCUAGAUGACAGACAGGAUGAUGGAUAUGGGGCAGAUACCUACUGCACCAAGGUGUCUGGAGACUGCCUAAGCCCUGGACUGGCCAACUCCAGUGACAAUAAACUGGGUGAAGAAGAUCAGCCCAAGAAAAAACACAGGAGAAACAGGACCACAUUUACCACUUACCAGCUACACGAACUGGAGAGGGCUUUUGAGAAGUCCCAUUACCCUGAUGUCUACAGCAGGGAAGAACUGGCCAUGAAGGUGAACCUACCAGAAGUGAGGGUGCAGGUUUGGUUUCAGAACCGAAGAGCUAAAUGGAGGAGACAGGAGAAGCUGGAGGUAACCUCCAUGAAACUUCAGGACUCCCCAAUACUUUCCUUCAAUCGCUCUCCACAACCUUCAGCCAUGAGUGCCAUCAGCAGUAGUCUUCCGCUGGACUCCUGGCUAACUCCACCACUCUCCAACACCACCACUCUGCAAAGCCUACCGGGGUUUGUGAGCACCCCUCAGAGUCUUCCAGGCAGUUACACCCCAUCACCAACCUUCAUGAAUACUGCACCCGUGGGACAUGCUCUACAGCCAUUAGGUGGCAUGGGACCACCACCUCCAUACCAAUGUGGAACCAACUUUGUGGACAAGUACCCAAUGGAAGAAGUAGAUCCUAGAAAUACCAGUAUAGCUGCUCUCAGAAUGAAGGCAAAAGAACACAUCCAGUCAAUUGGAAAGCCAUGGCAAACACUUUGAACAAUGAGGAGCCAGAUUCAAUUUUGGGGGUAUUGUACCCACAUUGAAGUGUAUAUAGAACAUAUUUCUGGUGAGGCACCCCCACCAGGUGCCAAUCAAAGACAACUCACACUAUAUUCCCACAGGAAUGGGACUAUGGGGCUGGGGACUGGUCUAUCAUUACAAUAUGCAUUUUUGGAUAUGAAGUUUUUUCACAUUUACAUAAAUAUCCAGUUACUAAAAGUAUUUUUAUUAGGGCAAAUCAGAAUAAAUAUUUCCAAGCUCUUGGGUCAUUGGGUGUUGGUCAUCAUGGUGUCCCUAUAGCAUGCAGCAGGAUUGCAAGGAGUUCUAUAGGAAACUUUUAGAAAUCUCACACCACAUUGAUGGGAUCUUUGUCUCCAUAAAAUGUUAUUAUGCUAGUUCACCAUUUUUACACAUUUUUUAAUGUUUUAUUGGGAAAUAACUGGAAUAAAAAGAAACUAAUAUACAAUUAAAAUCUUCUGCCAAGUAUCAGCGGGUUGACAUAAUUAUUAAUGACAGUAUGGACAACUGGAAUAAUUUCAAUAUUUUAAUAACAAAACACAAUUUUCUAAAUAUGCCAAUUUUGUUAACAGGAAAUUAUAAUAUCUGCAACCAAAGACAA